AUGUCUGCACAGAGAAUAAAUGUGCAACAACAACCAACAACUUUUGGCCCAGGAAGCUAUUGUCCACCUACAUCAUUUAAUCAAGAAGAUCAAGUGACAGAUGCAUGGCGUAGACCAAUAGCAAUGCCACCAGUUGAUUAUACCAAAACAUUUAAAAUCAAAGAAGUUGAUAUUGUUCCAAAUUUUGAUGGAAGAGCCAGUAUUGCAGCAGUUGGUCUUGUUAAUUUAUUCAGUUCAAAUAGUGAUGGUUAUGAUCCAGCAUUGGGAAAACUGGAACAUCAAAUUAACCAGAAAAUGUUGGCAAUAAUCAAGAAACUUCAUGAUGAUUUAUAUGAAGUAAGAUCCGAAAUUGAAUCCGAAAGAAUUAUGACCAUGUUGAAUAUUAAGUUCAGCGAAUCCCAAAGCCAAAUACAUCAAGUAUUUAACCCGGAAAAUGCAAAAUUUGCAUCGUCAUUGGAAUUGCUAUUUCCCGGAAUAACAAUGGGAGAAGAUACUCCUAAGAAGUAUUGGCAUAUGGAAAGUUGCAAAAUGAUAAACGCAGCUAUGGGAAGAAAGACAAAAUUGGUCAUAAAUAUUAACGGAAUUCGGAUUGACGAAGAUUAUACGUUAUUGCGAGCUGACCCUUUCCAGAUUGCAGUAACGGAACCAAAGAAUUUGACUGGACAUGAAGAGGUGUGUUUUUCGAAAUAUUUUGGUCCUCAGUAUGUGGUUUAUCAAGAAAAAACGGGAUGUUCAGCAGAGAUAAUUUUUGAUCCGAUAGAAGAACAUCAGACACCGUUUGUUUUCCACUCACCAGCUUGCAGACAUGCUAUGAAGUCUGUAGUAAAACAGUGGAAGAAAACCAAAUGUAUGCCACAAGAUCAGAUCAUACCCGAGGAGAUUGUCCAGGUCAAAAUGGAUAAUGAAUUCGUAUACUAUUAUUGUUAUACCCAGAACACAACAAUUAUGGGUAACGAAGAAAAGUGUGCAAAUAAAAUCUAUAAGAUCAAGAAGGGGAAAAAUGUAACCAUUAACCAUCAAAUUAUAAAGUUCCACAAGGUCAGGAUGGAACUGUUCACGAACAUAGAUACUGAUCUCACAGAUGCGGUGAACAACAAAAUUUUCCGACAGGACGACGCCGAGAUCGCGUUGAAUCAUCUAGAGAAAAUGAUUCAACAAGAAGAUCAACUAGUGGUUAAAAUCACUAGUUCAUAUCUACGGUAUUACUUAUUGUGGACUGCUGCAAUUGUUGCAAGUGUGGCAUUACUGAUUGCAUUAUGUUACAUAUUCUAUCAGUGGAAGAAGUCCGUAAGAUACCGCACGAUGCGUCGAGAAAGGCUGGAAAAUGCCUUACGCAGUGAGAUGAUCAGCAUGACUCAAGCAUAGGAGUAGUCAUGGAUUCAGUCCAGAGGGGAUGAAGGAAUUGUACAGUGAAUGAUAGACAAUCGAUUCAGAAUCUGUAUAUAAAGCAAUGAACCUCUCUUGGAAGAAUUAUU